ACUCCAAUGGGCCGGAUGUGGAGGGCUCCGGCUGGGGACAAUCCAGGCCCCCGGCCAAGACUGGGGGGUGCUGGAGGAGACUCUUCCCUGUAGAGAAGAGACUUGGUGGAGCAAGGAUCUAGGGCAAGCGGCAGCCCCAGGCUCAGCAGCAGCCAUGUUUUCCCUGACGGAAGUGGCCUGCCUGAGUGACGGCCGGGCCCCGUUCAGUACUCUGAAGCCCUGGUGGGACGUUUUCACCGACUACUUGGUCCUGGCAAUGUUGGCCAUCUCCAUCAUCGCAGGGACCCUGCUGAUCUCCACAGAUCAGGUGGUGUGCCUGCCUGUCGGCAGGACCAGCAUGGCUGCAAGUGGGUCCCCAGCUCCCAGACCUGCCUUAGGGCCUCUGGAUGGCCCAGAACCCGAGGCUUCUCCGGUCGGCACCAGGAGGAAACUUCCUGCUGCCCACAGUGGACACCCAACCAACCUUGACUACCAGCAGUACCUGUACAUUGGCCAGGUCUGCUACCACCAGGCGCUGCCGUGGCACUCCAAGUACUCCCCAUACCUGGCCCUCCUGCACGCGCUGCUCUUGAUGGUCUGUAACAACUUCUGGUUCAUAUACCCCAAGACCUCCUCCAGGAUCGAGCUGUUCCUCUCCAUCCUCCGGAAGUGCUUCCACUCACCCUGGACAACCAAGGCUCUCUCAGAGACAGCCUGCCAGCCCUCGGAAGGCAAGCUUGGCCGGAUGAAACCCUGCUCUGCCCAGAUCUCUCAGGUUGGCGCUGGCUCUCAGGCGGAGCAGGCAUCCUCCUUCCCUAGCGCCACCAUCCUGGACCGGAAGGACAGGGAGCAGGCCAAGGCACUCUUUGAGAAGAUCCGCACCUUCCGGGCGCACACUGAAGCUGCCAGCCUCCUCUACUGGGUCUACGUGGGGCAGACGGUGUUCAAGGUGGCAAAGCUCUUGGCCGUGCUGGGCUACACGUCCAGCUCUGCCGGCACCAUUGCUUUCAGGCACAUGUGCCGGCCGGGCCUGGAGGACCUCGCUGGCCACGCCACCUUCUCCUGCACCCACAGCCUGGCCUACAUCCUGCAGAAGCUGCUGCUGAGCUACCUGGCCCUGGUGCUGCUCAGUGGGCUGGUGGGGGUCUACACCCUCUACUGGCUCCUCCGGAGGCCGCUCAGGGAGUAUUCCUUUGGGCGAGCCAGCGAGGAGAGCAGCUUCAGGUCUGUCCCCAAUGUCUGCAAUGACUUGGCCUUCCUGCUGCACAUGGCUGACCAAUAUGACCCGCUCUGCUCCAAGAGGAUUGCCAUCUUCCUCUCCACCAUGAGCGAGAGCCAACUGCUGGAGAUCGGACAGGAGCACCGCAGGGACUAUGAGGAGCUGCGGCGGCAGGUGGGGAGGGACGCCUGGGGCCGGCUGGAGCUGAGGCUCUGUGCCCUUCCGGCUCUGCCCCAGGCUGUCUAUCAGAAGGCAGACCUGGAGGUGCUGCGGCUGGAGUGCAUGGUGGAGGUGAAGCUCUCUGCCAAGGUGGCCCAGAUGGGGGCGCUGUCUGAGCUGCAGCUGUACCGCUCAGCCACGAUGGAGCCCAUGGCCUUGGCUUUCCUGCAGGAAUGGCUCAGGGGGCUGCACGUCCAGUUCACUGACAUCACCAAGAUCCCCUCCUGGCUUUACUCCUUGAAGAACCUGCACCAGCUGCAUCUCUCCAGUCACCUCUGCUCCAACGUGCUGGCCCUGGAGGUUCUCUGGGAGCUCCAGAGCCUGGAGAUUUUGCUGCUCCAGACCAAGCUGACCAAGCUUCCUUGCUCUAUGUCCACCCACCUCCGCCAUCUCUGCAUCCAGAACGACGGGACCAAGCUGGAGGCACUGGGCGUCCUGAAGAAGACAAGCAGCCCCCAGCAGCUGGAGCUGCUCUGCUGCCAGCUGGAGAGGAUCCCACCGCUGGUCUGGCACGUAACCGGCCUGCAGAGGCUGGGUCUGCGUUCCAGCCGCAUCCGCAGCCUUGAGGAGGGGACUGGCUUCCAGCAUCUGGCACAGCUCACCGGCCUGAAGCUGCGGCACAACUGCAUCGCCACCCUGUCCGCUUCCACUGGGGCAGCGGGCAGCCUGGAGGAGCUGGUGCUAUCCCACAACGAGCUGGAGUCUCUGCCCCAUGCCUUCUUCACCCUGAAGAGACUCAGGCACCUGGACCUCAGCCACAACCUCCUUCGUCUCCUCCCCGCGGAGACUGGCCAGCUGGGGACGCUGCAGCACCUCUCCAUCACCGGCAACAGGAUCAGGGCACUGCCCAGCCAGCUCUUUGCCUGUCUGGAGCUAACAUCUUUGCAGCUGGCGGACAACGCUUUGACCAUGGUGCCGGCUGAGAUCGGGAGGUUGGUGCUACUCUCCAGGCUGGAGCUGACAGGGAACCCCUUGGAGUCACUCCCACUUAAGCUAGGCUGCUGCUCCCUGCUUAAGCAGACUGGGCUGAGUGUGGACAACACCCUCUUCGAGACCCUGCCGUCUCACGUGAAGCAGGUGCUCGCCACACCCGUCUCUGCUCUCUCCCCCGUGAGGCCUUUGGCUGCUCCAGAAACGUCCCUGGGGGGUGGACAGCUGGGGAGCCUGUUAUGUGGCUGGUCUGUAGCUCCGGGGCACAGGGAGGAGAUCUUGGUUAGCAGCAGCAAGUGGACAGAGCCCAGGCACCGGGUCUCCGAAGACCUUGCUGGUCAUGGAGCCCCCUUGUCCAGGUGGCUGUAUCUGUACCAAGUACAGCACCUGCUGCAUCAUAACCACAGAGCAAAAUCUAGCCCCCACCCAAGUAGGGCAACCCUGGCCCAUGCUCCUUGCUCACAAAGGGGCUUGGGUGCAGCUGAAUCUGGGGUGGCAACUGAAGGGGGGCAGCCCAGGCUGGGGGGAUGGGCUCUCCCUGCACAGCCCAGCUCCAUGGUGUCUCCCUGGACAACCGGGCUUAGGAGAAGGGUCAGGGAAGCCACAGCAGCUGGAAGAUCAGCUGCCCUGUGGAUCCAUAGCCUGUUACACCGGCAGAACCGGGAGAUCUGCUGUGGAGGGGCUACAGGGCCACCCUAUGGCCUGGAGGAGGAACGACACCUUCCCCAAAAUACCCAGUGCUUCCCCCCUGGAUAUGAGGCAGCAAGGAGGAUAUGACCCAAGUCAGCACAGAUAAGCUCCUUACCUCCUCUCACACCAUGGGACACUGGGCCAGAGGGGGCUCCAUUAAUCAGUGUGGACACCAGCCCCUUGAAAUCCUCACAUGAAACACUGGAAUAGCCAGACUGGAUUGCAGCAGGGGGCGCGUCUAGCCCAGACUCCUACGGUGGCCGACACCAGCGACUUCAGAAGAAGGUGGAAGGAGGCACCCAGUGGACAGCAAUGGAGUAACCUGGACCCAGGGGAAGAUUCCUCCUAGCCCCCAACAGCCCAUGCCCUGGAGCAGCAAAUCUGUCCCUAAACUCCACUGUGUUGUAGUAUUUGCUAUUCUAACUCUGGACGUUUCCGUUACCCGUGGAAACAUCCAAACCUGCGUUGUUCCUGGCUUCAGUGGUACCUUGUGGCAGUGAGUUCCACUGGCUUAUUAGGGAGCAGCAAGAGCUUAGAGCCCCCCAAGGCACACAUUUCAAAUGCAAGGGAGAGGGGGACGAGGACAAGGGAGGGAAUCUCUCAGCCAACCUAAAAACAAAACGAGUCAUGUGUCCGUGCACCGUUUCUCCGAUGCGGCCACCGUGGCCGCCUGUGGCCACCAGGGGGUUUCCCUGCGGCCAAGGCAGUUUCCUGUGCAGCAUCAGCCCCUCCCCGUCCGCCCUGUUGCUCCGGCAUGUGCUGCCUCUCUGGAGACACAGGGGGGACACACAACGCUUAAGGGGCAGGUGAGGAGGCGGCAGCGGGCGGGGGGGGUGAUGAGGCCAGUGGCGAGUGGGGGGCCCUGGCGGAGGAGUAAGGAGGCGAGCGGCCAGCCAGCAGCAGGGUGAGGAGGUGGGCAGGGGGGUCUGGCUGC